AUGAGCACCUCAGAGGGCCAGGGAGACGCUCCAGCGGGCUCGCCUUCGUCUCGAGGCGCGAUCGCGGUGGUUGGUCUCGCGUGUCGCUUCCCAGGCGAUGCCACCGACAUCACUGGCCUUUGGCAGAUGAUGGAGGAUGGCAAUAGUGCCUGGACUAAGAUCCCAGAGUCUCGCAUGAAUGUGCGUGGCUACUAUCAUCCUGACCCAAGCCGCCAAGGAAGUUUUCAUUUUCGUGGGGCACACUUUUUGCAGAACGAUCUGGCAGAAUUUGACGCAGGAGCGAUUGCUGGCGGGGUUUGCUUGAUCCUCACCCCCAACACCAUCCUGCCCAUGACCUCGGUAGGCUUCCUGAGCUCAGAUGGAAAGUGCUUUGCAUUCGACUCUCGCGCCAACGGCUACGGCCGCGGGGAGGGCGCUGGCAUUGUCAUUCUACGCAGGCUCGAGGACGCAAUCGCCAGCAAUGACGUCAUCCGGGGAGUGAUUCGCUCGACGGCAAGCAACCAAGAUGGCCGCACGCCCGGCAUCACCAUGCCCAGCCAGGAACGUCAAAUGGGCAACAUCGUCCAGGCCUACCGCAAGGCCGGGCUCGACACGGACAGGACCGAGUUUGUCGAGUGCCACGGCACAGGCACCAAGGCAGGCGAUGUGCGCGAGCUGGAGGCCAUCUACCGUGCCAUAUCGAUCGGCCGUGACGUCGAUAACCCGAUUAUCGUCGGCUCCGUCAAGACAAACAUUGGCCAUCUCGAGGGCGCCGCUGGUGUUGCGGGUGUCAUUAAGGCGGUCUUGGCUACAGAGAAGGGCUUCAUUCCGAAGCACGUCAACUUUGUCGAGCCGAACCCGAAUAUCGACUUUGAAGGCUGGCGAGUACAAGUCCCCACGGAACUGACCCCCUGGCCCGUGCCUGGUCUCCGGCGAGCAAGCGUCAACUGCUUUGGCUUUGGCGGCACCAACGCCCACGCCAUCAUCGAGGAUGCGGCACAUCACCUGUCGGAAGCAAAUCUGGCCGGCUUCCAUGCCAGUCAUCUCUUUCCUGGAGACAGGCUCCUGCAGCCUACCGAAGCCGAUACUCAAGGCUUUGCUGGUGGUGACGCUCCUCGGUUGUUCGUCUACUCGGCACAUGAAGAAGACCGCAUUUCUUUGGUAGCUCAAUCACAUGCACCCUACCUCCGCAGGCGCUUAGAGAAUGGAUCAGCGACUUCACAACUGAUGAACCAGUACGCACACACGCUGCUAGAGCGCCGAUCCAAGCUUGAGUGGAAAGCCUUCUUGAUUGCCCGCAGCCCGGCAGACCUUCUCCGGAAGAUCUUCAACUUUGACAAUAGCUUGGUGAUGGACUCGCCUCGAGACGCUCAAGUCCGGCCUGCCCUCGUCUUUUGCGGACAAGGGGCUCAGUGGUACGCCAUGGGGCGAGAGCUGCUGAGCUACACGGUCUUCAGGAGCAGCAUCAAAGCUGCCGAUUCGUACAUUCGGCAUGAGCUGGGCGCAGGAUUCAGCCUGCUUGAGGUGCUGAUAGCAGACCAGGACAACUCUCAAGUCGACCUGCCGCAGAUGUCGCAGAUCUCAACUACCGCCGUUCAGGUGGCGCUCGUUGAUGUCCUCCACGCGAGCAACGUGGUCCCGGUCGCCGUGUUGGGCCACUCUUCGGGCGAGAUCGCAGCAGCAUAUGCCGCCGGUGCCAUAACGCGCGAGAGCGCAUGGAAGAUUGCCUACCACCGUGGCCACUGUGUGGCAUCUUGGCAACAAAAAGAUGGUGCAACGCGCGGUCGGAUGCUUGCAGUUGGGCUUUCGGCUAGGGACGUACAGACGUUUAUCGAUCAGACCUCGGAGGGCAGUGUCCAAAUUGCUUGCCACAACGGCCCCUCUUCCGUCACUCUCUCCGGUGACGAGGCUGCGAUACUCGAGGCUCAAAACAACCUGGCCGAGUCUGGGAUUUUCAGUCACCUUGUGCCUGUUAAUGCUGCAUAUCACUCCCAGCACAUGGAACAUGUCGCCAGUGACUACCUGCAGAGACUCAAGUCCAUCAAGAUCCAAGACGCAACGCUGGGUCCGGUUCUGUACUCUUCCCUGACGGGCUCCGAGAUUUCUCCCAGAAGACUGGGCGCCAAGCACUGGGUCAAGACGCUGACGUCUCCUGUCCUCUUUCAUCAGGCGGUACAGGCCAUGAUGAAGAAUGCGAACCCAACCGUUAUAGUAGAGGUCAGCCCCACCGGCACCUGGGAGGGGACUAUCCGUCGCAUCCUCACCGCCAUGGACUAUCGCGAGCCGGUUCCCUACUUCAGCGUCCUCCAGAACGACACGAGCGCAAUGGCCUCUACGUUGCAGGUGCUCGGCGAGCUCUGGACCCGUGGCGUUCCCAUCAAGAUGGACUGGACCUACUCCACGUCUCAGUCUCACCAAAAUGGUCUUGUGUCGACCAGCCGCCCACCGCAGCACCUACACGAUCUGCCCCCUUACCCCUGGAACCAUGACAAGCUAUACUGGUACGAGUCUCAGCUGUCAAAGAACAACCGCUUCCGCACCCACGGGAGGGAGGAUCUCAUCGGCGCACCUUUUGACUUGGGAAUCAAGACCGAAAAGUCAUAG